AUGAAACCCUUCGAGUUAUACACAGAUGCCUCUGGUUAUGCGAUCAGAGCAGUGCUGGAACAAGACGGCAAACCCAGCGGCUUCCUCAGCCAAAUCAUGAGCCCCACGCAACAGAGAUACUCGAUCUACGAUCAGGAACUCUUGGCGUUGGUCAUGGCACUCGACAAGCGGUCGCCCUUGCUCCGUGUCUCCAAGGUAACGGCUUACACUGAUCAUCGAGCUCUCACCCAUCUCCAACGACUCCAAGCAUCGAAGCCUCUUCGCGGACACACCGCCCGGUGGCUAGACUUUCUUGCGGAGUUCCCGGAUUUGCGCAUCACUUAUAUUCAAAAAGCGAGCAAUCAAGUUGCUCAUGCCUUGUCUCGCCGUCCCGGUGUUCAUAAUAUCUACUUGCACGACACACAAUCGGUACCACUGAUGCUCGCAAUAGGACAAGCAAGCGCGGCUCCCCGCUCUCGUAGUCGGCCUGCCAACUACAGGGAGCUCGCCGGAAUUCGUUCGCGACGACCUAGACGGCGCAGCCUGCCGUCCGCAGCUUCAUCUGCGCCGCCGGAACCCAACGCAGAGGCAGAGCAUCCUACACUCACAACGAAGACACCAGCUGACCCUCCUGAUGUGCGCCAAUGGCCGCAAGCUUACUUGAAGUGUCCUGUUUUUCGCGUUCCCUACAAAGCCGCAGCAGACCAACCAGGAGAAGCUCUGCAAAUCGAGCUUUGUAAUCGUCAAUUUACCUUUCGCUACGUAGAGCCUUACCUGCACAUCCGCGUUCAUGGACUGUGGCGCAUCUGCCUCGCACAAUUCCCUGAGUUCCUUACCCAAGUUCUGCAUUCACAUCAGGACCGUGUCACAACCGGCUAUAGAGGCCAGAAGAAGACUUUUGCAGCUCUCAGGAAGCACUACUACUGGCCAGGAAUGCGCGCCUACACUACUGCUUAUGUUGAGUGA